AACACAGUUACAUUGUCGCAAUGUUUAUUCCAAAAGAUAUCUGAUGUAAGAAAAUUUGCUAACAGAAAAUGUUGAAAUUAAUGGUACUUUUGCAAAUGGUAUGGGUAAUCAUACCUUUUGUUAAAGGGGAGUGCGUUUCAAAGGGAGACAUUGUGUUUCUACUGGACGAGUCCGGAAGUAUUGGAUCGCUAAACUUUGAACGAAUGAAGUCAUUUGUCAGCUCCGUCGUCGGUAACUUCAAAGUAGGAAUCAAUGCAAAUCAAUUCAGCGUAGUCAAUUUUGCGUCCUCUUCUAGAGAGAUAUUUCCACUCAACAAAUAUCACACAGUGUCUGGUCUUCAAUCUGCCAUAUCUUCCAUUUCUUUCUCCAGCGGCGGAACAAGUAUAGGAAGUGCCCUUGAUUAUGCCCGGAUGUACUCUUUUAGUUCCGCCAGAGGAGCAAGAAAUGAUUCGGCAAAACUUGCUGUUCUAAUCACCGAUGGACAAAGCUCUCUUUCCAACCAGCCCGAACAACUAAAAGCAAUUGGGGUCACAAUAUUUUGUGUCGGGGUAGGAACUGGAAUAAAUUCAGCUGUGCUAAGAUCAGUGGCUUCCCACAACGACUACACGUAUCUGACCACGUUUGACUUAUUGUCAUUGUUGGCGAACGAAUUGUCAAACGGAACCUGCGCUGAUGACAUAAACGAUUGUCUAAGUGAGCCAUGUUUAAAUGGGGGAACAUGUGAAGAUCAAUUUGGGAAAUACGUUUGUCACUGUUUGGGUGGAAAUACAGAUCCAAAUUGCUACGUCCCGGGGCUACCAAACGUAACGUUAGGAUCCAGUCUUACAGUAAAUAUUGGAUCGUCUGCUGUACUUAACUGUUACGUCACAAGCACGACGACCGUUUCUUCUGUUACGUGGCAUUACCAGAAAAACGGCGUCACUACCAAUAUCAACACUGGUAAUACCACAAAAUAUAGCGGUAGCACUGUAGGGACACCGUCUCUUACCGUUAAAAACGUUCAAAUUGACGAUAUAGGAAACUAUAGAUGUUUGGCUCAAAACUCAGCAGGAAUAGGCCAAAGUGCAUCGAUGAUAUUUCUAGAUUUGCAACGAAGUUCUCCUACUAUAUCCACGGUAACCACAAUUUACGCUGUCAAUGCUAACGAUAGCGUGUCCCUGUCUUGCAGUUUUCCCCCCAGUUACCCUCCGGUGGUUGGAGUUAUUUGGUACAAAGAUGAUGUAGCAAUCAAUCCGGGGCUGAAUGGCAAAUACUCUGGUGGAACAAUUCAUUCUCCAAACCUCAACAUAUCGAAUUUCCAGCGAGAAGAUCAAGGGACCUAUCACUUUUCAGUGUAUAAUCACUAUGGAUCCAGUAAUAGCUCGAAUAUAUCCGUAUAUUUAUUUGAAG